UGGCAGGCGGGGGUUGGAGGGCGACGGGCGGCUCUGCGGCUUGGCAGUCCGCCAGCGUUAGGCAGCGCCUGGGGAGACGUUCAGCGCCCUGGCGCCUCGGUUCCUUCCCGACGGGUUUCCUGGCUGUCGAAGGAGCGGGUGGUGCGGGUGGCGGCGGUGCCUUCCUCAACCCCGAGCUCUGGUGCUGCUCGCCGGGUAUGCAAAAUCCAUGGCUGUGAUGAAAUGUCAUCUUUCAUCCCUAUUACUAUUCCAAGGAGAUUAGAAAAAAGCCUAAGCAAAUCCCAGAUGCAUUGAGGGAAUCUGGUCAAAUCUAGCGCAGUGAGAAAGAACAGGAAGGAGCAUUUUUCAAGCUGCGCUAAUCAGUUUUGAAGUUUAUUACAAUCCUGAUAAACAAGGAUAAUUUCAUAACAACUGAAAGAAAUCAAACAGUCUGAAACUUGAUACCAUUUCCUCUGCUGAGUAUUAGAAAACCUUAAAUAUUAAAAUUUGAACUCCAUGUUGUAAAAGAAAUGUGCAGGAAUCAGCUUCUCUGUGUUGCUGAGACAUUGGAUACUGGUUUCUUUAUAACAAGGAAAGUCUAAAUUCCUGUAACACUGAGGAUGGGGAAGGAUUAUUAUUCUAUUCUGGGAAUUGAAAAAGGGGCUUCUGAAGAGGAUAUCAAAAAGGCUUACAGAAAACAAGCGCUUAAAUGGCAUCCGGAUAAGAACAAGUCUGCUCAUGCAGAGGAAAAAUUCAAGGAGAUUGCAGAAGCUUAUGAAGUGCUGAGUGAUCCCAAAAAGAGAGACAUUUAUGAUCAGUUUGGGGAAGAAGGUCUGAAAGGAGGAGCUGGAGGACCUGAUGGACAGGGUGGUACCUUCCGGUAUUCCUUCCAUGGUGACCCACAUGCUACGUUUGCAGCUUUCUUUGGUGGCACAAAUCCUUUUGAGAUCUUCUUUGGAAGGAGGAUGCCUGGUGGUAGAGACACUGAAGACAUGGAGGUGGAUGGUGAUCCGUUUGGAUCGUUCACUAGUUUCAGUAUGAAUGGCUUUCCAAGAGAAAGGAAUACAGUAGGUAGCCAGUUACGUCGUAAGCAAGAUCCCCCUGUAAUUCAUGAGCUUAAGGUGUCUUUGGAAGAGAUAUAUCAUGGCUGCACAAAAAGGAUGAGGAUUUCGCGUAAAAGGCUGAACCCAGAUGGUAGAAGUGUCCGAACAGAAGACAAAAUUCUCACUAUUGAAAUAAAAAGAGGAUGGAAAGAAGGCACCAAAAUCACUUUUCCAAAAGAAGGUGAUGAAACACCCAACACAAUUCCAGCUGACAUUGUUUUUAUCAUAAAAGAUAAACCUCAUUCUCAUUUCAAGAGAGAUGGAUCAAAUAUUGUCUAUCCUGUUAAGAUCAGUUUAAGGGAGGCAUUGUGUGGCAGCUCUAUCAAUGUGCCAACAAUAGAAGGAAGAACCAUACCCAUGACAGUAAAUGAAGUUGUAAAGCCUGGGAUGAGAAGAAGAAUUAUAGGAUACGGUUUGCCAUUUCCCAAAAAUCCUGACCAACGUGGAGACUUAAUUAUAGAGUUUGAAGUAAUUUUCCCAGAUAACAUUUCUCCAGCAUCAAAAGAAGUACUUAGGCGAAAUCUUCCAGUUUCAUAAAAUGAGGACUAUGUCAACUGUUUAAGCAGGACACUGGAAAUGCAGAAGACUGGCAAGUCUGUGCUUUAAAAGUGCAAUGUGUAACAACUAGUGGAA